AUGUAGUGCAAGCGUCGAUAACGGCCGCAUUCAAAAUGGAAAAUGAGUUUAAAGUGGGCGUUAUGAUCAAUUUCGCUAUUGUCGUAGGAGGUCUUGCGACAGUUCUCUCGCUGGUCAUUUCAAUGCCUGACCUUCCGACAACCAUUCGAAAUGAUCAUUUAUGCUUACCUAAUGAAUAUGGACAUUUAAUAUGUGGAACUUCAACAGAACUAUUGCACGGAUAUCUGCAAAGAAUUAUUUCUUCCAAGUACGACGAGGUCCAUAAAAAAGAGGAAGAUCGGCAGCAUAAAUUUCUAGAUGAAAACAGAGUUCGGCUAAUGAGUAUUUAUAAUAAGGCGUACUGGGAAAUGAAACCGGCUGCCAAGCUAACUGGAAUAAAACAACCUGACCUUAGAUCAAAUGAUAUUGGGGCAGAAAUGGUUCCAAUAAGGGCAUGGCGUCAUGGAAGAGAACUGUACGACAUGGACGGUUUUGAAAGGUACGGAAUUCGGUACAGAAACGGGCGUUUAGUCGUACCAGUUUCUGGCACGUACCUCGUAUACUCCUUUCUUGACAUGUUCGAUCCUUGCAAUCCUUCUACCGGUACACCGAAUAUCAAUGGUAGAAGUAAAGCAAUAAAGCACGGGAUUUUCAAAUUUAAUAUUCUCGAUGGGGAAGAAACUGAAAUAGUUUCGAGCGUGCAACCGCAUCAAGUUUCAAGCAAUCGAAUUUUCAAUUCAUACAGUAGUUACGUUUCUUCUCUUGCAAAUCUAAAAGCCGGCGAUGAAUUAUCAGUAAAAGCCAGUGGAAGCAAUAGGGAAACACUAUUUCGUGAGGCAUGUGUGACGCCAAGUACAGAAGGUCGAUGUCACAUCAACAUAAUCAUGUUUUAACAAUAUUCAAACACGGGGGUUAACACAUCCCGUGGAAUUAUUUAAGACGGCGUAAACGUUUGCUAUAUAUUCUGUGCAUAUAAUAUUCGAUUCAGAGUGUCUGAAAAUUAAGCGUAACACCGCUGUGUUAUACAUUUCGAUACUACAAUGUAUUUUAUGAAAAGCAGUCAGUCAAAUAUUGUAGCACUGUUUCUUGGUGCACGUAUGGCGCUUGGUAAUAUGUCCAUGUGACGUCAAUAUUGAUGUGUUUUGAUGUAAAUGUCUUAGAAUAGUAUAUAGCUAGAGCAAGAAAGAGCUUUUAGAAAUAUUAUUUUGAAAUUUGAGGAUUUUUGUAUCUGGCGAUAUGACGUUAGCUGACUAAAAAUAUCGAUAUUGCAUGCUUUUAUUUUUACUAGAAUUACUAACCUCCGGAUCAUGUAAUUCUUGUAGAUAAGUUAACUCGAUCCAAUUACAAACUGUUAUUUACGUUAAAGAAAACGAAUAUUUUCCUAUUGUUUGUAUGUUUGAUGUAAUAAAAAUGAAUAUGAAUAUAUUGUUUUUAAAUAGUGAAUAAUUAAUACACAUUUAAAUAGUAUAAACGUAAGUAUUUUAGGAGAUAAACAUACAAAAAUGUUUAUUAAUAUUUAUUUUUUUAAGCGCAUGGUUAUGUAAAUGUUCAGUUCUGCUCAACCCGUGGCUAGAGGGCGCGGACGGUAACAUGCAUUUCCACUACCGUCUAUGAACAGGCUCAAUCAAUCUGAGCCUGCAACAUUUUAAUUUUUAUUGUGUUGAGCGACCUGUGGAGUUUUCACAUAUUCAUUGAUAGUCAUACUGCAUACAAUAAGAUUAUUCCUUCAUAAUCUAUAAUUGGUCUUUUGGGUAGAAGAAAUGAGAGACAAGAUCUUUUUCAUUUUUCAUCUAAAACUGUAUUUGCCAUUUUUUUUGCUUGAAAAGCUCCUUUACAUUUUUGACAGAAAUAUAAUUAGUCUUUAUGUUCUUUAACUUGUAUUUUGUAUAUUGUACGGUGUUUUUAGUGUACAUUUAUUUAAUUUCUCUGUAAUAUUGUCUUACGUAUACAAUAUAUAUCGCUUCAUACACUGUAUGUUUUAGCUUUGAGGAGGUGGCGUUCUUGGACCAUUGUUGUUUUAUUUUUGUCCUUGAUGCCAGCACAUUUUAAUUAUAUAUUUUUAUAACAUUUUAGAUUUCAGUUCCAGUUUUUGCUAUGCAACAAGUGUGCGUAUUAAAUCGUUUUCUAUUAUAUAGAGCAUUCUGUAAAGGUGAACCAGAACACUUUUUUUAAUAUUAUUAUUAUUCCUUUAAGAGCAGAAUGUUCUUGGUUCCAAGCCCGGUGACUUUAUCGUUUUUUUUCUACCCUGUUAUGGUUUUUUCCCUUUUGUUGUUAUAUUUCAUCUUUUUUGCAAUACAUAUUACUCACAUUGCAUUUUAAUUGAAACUUUAUGAAAACUCUUUGGGUAGUAGAGGAAAACCAGACUUAAUAGUAGACUGUAACAGCAGAGUUAGAUAAGCUUGUCCAUGGAGAGUAUAAGAAAGUGCAGCAUCUAUGAUGCCUUCUGACACUGAAACUGAUCGUGUUUUAAAUAAUUAAAUGUAACAAAGAACUAUCUGAGAGGUAAACAUCAUCAUUACAUCAUUAAAUAUAUUUAUUGAAUUUUAUGUCUAUAAUUUAUGUCUACCUUAGAUGUAGAAAGUACUCCUUAAAUGUAUUUAACAUUAAGAAAUAUCUAUAUUUAUGUAUGUAUGAUUCUAGGUACAGUCAAGCAGUUACAGUGGUUUGUUAGAAAAUCUUCCACCUUUUUAAUGUUAAUACACAUUAAUACUGCGAUUAAUUAUACUAAUGAUAAGACAUUUAUACUGUGUUUGACUACAAUAUAAAAAGAUCGUAUUAUUCUAAACCUUUUUUAUAGUACUGUAAUUCACAUUAACUUGUUAAUUUUAUUUUUACAUUAACUAUAUGUAAUAAUUGUUAAUAUUUUCAAAUAUGAAAUGUGGGUGUAAUGUUCGAAAUAUGAGUUUAUUUCACCUGUAUAAUAUCAAACGUAAAACAUCAAAGAUUACUUAGAAAAUAACAUGUACAUAUACUUGCAUAUGACAAGUAAUUUCAAUUAUAUAUUUGAAACGCUGAAAUAACUUUCUUAGAUAAGUUAGUUAUGACAAAGUAACUGGGUAGAAUUAAUUACGAUAAAUACUCUUGCCCAACACCAAGGAUAGGAGGGUGUGGGCCAGGUCCUACUGAUGCAAGAAAUAAUGUUUUUGUUGGUAAAUGUAUAUUUAGUUUGCACAUAUAUAUACUUUUUAAACACGAUAUUUUUUUUUAGAUUUUAUUAAUACAAUUUACUGUUUGACCCAAGAUUAGACUAACAUAGCUUUUAAUUAUACUAAUAUUUAGAAAAGUAUGUAUCUUGUCUUCAAACUGCUGUAUUAUUUAUCAUUGCACAGAUUUUGGUUGAUAUAUUUUAUAAAUACAUGAAAUAAAUACAUGUAUAAUUAAGAAAUGAAUUUUUCAUUUGGUGUUCAUGCGAAAUGAACGAGAGAAUAGGAUCGGCUAAUCCAUGAAUCGCGCUAGCGAUUCAUGUUUAAUUUGCCGAUCCUAUUCUGUCGUUCAUUUCGCAUGAACACUGAAAAAAUACAUUUCAUUUCUUUUAUUUACAUUACAUUUCCUUUCCAUUUGUAAACAAUAUUAUAUUAUUUAACAUUAAAAGCAUCUUUCCGGCAAUUCUGUUCACCAGACGGAACAACCGCGACGUCAUUAAAAGAACGUUCUCCCUGACUAUACGCGGACGUCGUCAAAACAUCGGCCCGUUAUCGCUAAGCAGCGUUGACGUUAUUUUCGCGCCUUUCAUUUUGUUGUUCAUACGAAAUGAACGUCAUUUUUUCAGUGGAAAAGAAUAGGGCGAAUGUAAAUAUUUAAUAUACAAAAUUAGAAGACAUUUCAGAUAUUUCUAAAAAAAAGCCGUAGGGUCGUUAACAUGAACAUAUUCAUUUUUAGAAUCAGAUAUUUACACAGAGAUUUCCAACAAAAAUAGCACUUCUUGUCCUUGAAACUUAAAUAAUCGUACAUAUGUUGAACUGAUAUAUAAUUUGAUUAUAUCCGGGCCGUCCAAAUGAAUAACAUAUCCAAGAAAAUUCCGUUAACUUAUUUGAAUAAUCAGAGUGCGAUGUGACAAAGAAAUUAAUCACGAACUAAAUCUGUGCAUAAGAUUUUAAAGAAUAUGAAAACUGAAAUGUUAAGCGUUUAAGUCAAGGAAGAACAAAUGAUCGAACUUGUCUGCCUGUAUUGCUUUUAGGAUAUCUUAGAAGGAGAAGGAGAAGGUAGACGAAGCUUGUUUAGUGGCAAGUUAUGAAAACAGAAUAUCAUUCAUUUUAUUAUGUACUGGUCCUUUUCCAUGUCUUACACAUUUAUCAGCGUUCAGUUAAAAUUCAGAUGCUUUUCACGUACUUAAUGUAUUAUCAUUUUAUCACGCAUGACAUUUUUAUGAAUUAAAACUCCCUACAUGCUUAUAAGUGAGCAGCCUGUUAUUAAAGAGAUCUAUAUGUUUCCGUUGGAAAGUACGGAUAUGUUGUUUUUUAAAGCACGAAUAUUUUACAUGUAUCUUAUUUCUAUGACUGAUUUCUGUCUAUGUGUAUGAUAUUAAUUUCAGCCUAGAUAAUGAUCUCUUUAUAUUUUUCAUACUUUUAAGUGGCAGCUAUCAAUUCAAGUGCAAUAUAAUAUACCCUAUUGUUAAGUGAUUCCAAUAAAAUAUCUAAGUAUAAAAUACACGAAAAUAUACAUAUGUCAUUCGAAAUAUUUCGAUUUAAAAUCUCACAUCUUCUUACUGUUUAGCUAUAUACAAAAUGUCUUGAAAUAUUACACCAGGAGAAAGCUUCUGAUGUUGUGUAUUUUAGUGUACAAUUUGAUAUUUCACAUUUUUGUUAGAUUUUUAUAUCUGAAAUAUUUCAGCAUGUUGAAAUGAAGCAAAACUGUUUCGUUGGUAAUUAAAUGAAUAAACUCUGAUUUGCUCGUAAAUAAAAACAUGUUUUAGGUAACGUAAUUUGAUGAAAGUUGUUGUUUAAUAUAGCCGUGUACAUAAUGACUUGGAAAGAUAUAGCAUUUGAGAAAGAUUGAAUUUGUUCUUUUCUUACUUGUAAUAGUCAGAAUCAUAUCCUAGAAAUCAUUUCAAGUUAUGUCAGAAAAUUCAUCUAAUUGUUUUACCUUAAAACAGGCUUAACACCAAACGCAUUAGUUAUGUAAUCAUUUGAUUUGAAAUUGUUUGUUGUUCAAGUUACAAUAAUUCUGAAGACAGUAAAAUUCCACGAGAAGACCUUGAUGCCCUUUUAAUGUCUGUGCAAAAUAAGUUAUAUUCAAUUUUCAAUAAGGAUAUGAGUUUGUCUCUUAAUUAGAUAUGUAACUGACAAAGACAAGGUGUGGCUUACAAGUUUAACUUAGCAAAUUCGUUAUACUAUCAAAUGCUGACUUACGGUAUUAGUAAAGAAAAUAAUAUUAGGAAAUAACUUGAAACAAUGAAGACAAUAAACGAUACAAGCAAACA